AAAACCCAUCAAUGGUAAUAAGUUGUCGUGAAGACUAACUGGAUGUUCACUCAAAGGGGUUCAAGCCUAAAGGUUCCUGGUUAUAGCUGCUUUUUAAUAUAGAACAUAAAAGUUGUGUAUGUCAGAACGGUCAAUGACAUGGUUGACCAGCGAUUUCGCGGUGAUUAAUACGUCCUGUUACAUGACCUGCUGAUGACACUGGAAAGAGAAAAUGUUUUAUUAAAUAGGAGGAUGCUCCUUUGUCGUUGCUGGUGAACUCUGCUGCCACCUUGUGGUUCCUGUGCGUCACUGCAGCGUUUCUUUUACACUUCACCCGCACUGCGCUUUACUCAACCGGGAGUUGUGUUACAUUUGAAUAUAGGACCCCGUAACAGCUGUUAUUGCCUCUUCUUUCUUCCUUUUUGCCGUGCUGUGCAGGAGGGGAGGUGGGCGGAAAGGGGGAGGCGGUCUGGAUAAUGGGUCUGUGACGUCACCGAGCUCAGGUGUGGCGCGGGGGAAGCAGGUAUAUCGGCCGUUGUCGUCGCAGGCUGCCGGGGCUUCGCGGUCUUUCUGUGGCUGAGCUGAAGGGUCCACGAGGAGCUCGUUCUGGACGCAGGAAGGAAGCUUCUCUCGGGAAGAAGCAAUGGAAGCUCUAUAAUUAUCUCAAAGUGGCUUUUCUUUCUUUUUCUUUUCUUCUUGGAGUCCCACCGCGACGGUCGGGCUGAAGAGGAGGAAGAGGAAGAGGAGGAAGAGGAGAGCGAACCAACGCCUUAAACCCGCGCUACGUUAAAUGAACGAGUGUCUGCGGCUGAUAGAUUUGAGCUCCGUGGAAUCGAUAUUUGUGCGCGUGCGGCCGCCUGGAGACAGCUGCUCUCUUCCUGAUAAAUAUUUAGAUCUGCAGCGGUGAUGGAGGACCUGGACCUGGAGCAGCAGGAGCCCUUCCCCGUGGACCGGAACGGGCGCCGCCUAGGCGACGCGGCCGACCAGCCCGACGGCGGCCGGCCGGCGGGUUGCUGCGAGAGGUUCCAGCUGUCCGUCUCCAAAUGGAUGCUCCCGGAGGACCACCGCGAAAAGUACCUGGAACGGGCCAACUGCUGCCCGCCGCCCAUCUUCAUCGUCCUCAUCAGUAUCGCCGAGCUGGCGGUGUUCAUCUACUACGCGGUGUGGAAGCCUCAGAAGCAGUGGGUGACCCUGGACGAAGGCAUCUGGAAAAGCCCCCUGACGUACAAGCCCGAGGUGCGGCAGGAAGCGUGGCGCUUCAUCUCCUACAUGUUUGUCCACGCCGGGGUGCAGCACAUCUUUGGAAACCUGGUGAUGCAGCUGCUGGUGGGCAUCCCGCUGGAACUGGUCCACAAAGGAUUCGAAGUGGGAAUGGUUUACAUGGCGGGCGUCCUGGCAGGUCAGCCGUUUUUUUUCAACUGCAUUUCAUAUUUUAUAUUCGUCGUGGGCAGUUACUGGAGCAGCUCCAGCGAGCCGGACUCCAUCUGCGUUUUCCCCCUCGGGACAUCUGGAAGUUGUUUCUUCCUGUUUGUGUUGGCGGGCUUCCUGUCAGAAGUGCCACUGAUUUUUUUUCUUUUCUUUUUUUUGCUCGCGGAUGCUUCCCGUCUCCCCUCAGGCUCGUUGUGCAGCUCCAUCUUUGAUCCCCUCAGUGCUCUGGUGGGAGCUUCUGGGGGAGUUUAUGCCCUCAUCGGGGGGUAUUUUAUGAACGCAGUGGUGAAUUUCCGAGAGAUGAUUCCUGUUCUCGGAGUAUUUCGUAUCCUCGCUAUCGUGAUAUUCGUUGCCACAGAUUUUGGAUUUGCCUUCUACAGGAGGUUUCUGUCAGAAGACGCCGGUUUGAAGGUGUCCUUUGUGGCGCACUUCGGAGGGAUCGUGGCGGGGAUGACCGUCGGCUACGUCUUCUUUAGCGCCUACAACCAGAAGCUGCUCAAAGACCCCCGCUUCUGGCUGUGCAUAGUCGGGUAUCUGCUGUUCCUGAUCUUUGCCGUGGUUUUCAAUAUCGUCCUGAGCCCAGCGCCGUAGGAACGCCGGCUCCGUCUCUCACAGCGUAACACCGAAGGCCUUGAUGUCACUCACUCAGGAAGCCGUACUUCACUUGUGAAGUGCACAGGGUAUUUUUUUCUACUAUCAUAUUGUGUAUUUUUAGAGCUGAACUUGUGAGUUCAAGGCCACCGGUGCCUCAUGCUGUUCAUGUGUUACAUGCAGAAGGACUAUUUUAAUUUACAACUGGAUUAAAUCUUAUCUGUAACUUUUUAA